AAUAUAACUGCUGGUAACAGUGUUCAUAAAAUUUUUGUUCAAACAUGGAUUCUUUAUUAUUUUCACUAAAGUUAUGUUUCCUUCUGGUUGUGGCUGUUUACGCGCAAGACAAUAUAAUACAAAUUGAAUUUCGAAGGAUAUCCGAGAGUCGACCAGACAAACCACAAAUAGUCACUGAGCUACUUGUUGACUAUUUAAGUAAUGAUACAUUCGAGAUAAUGUGUAAGUUGAACAACGUGACUGACUUGAAUACUCUGGCAUUGUUAAUCCUGUGGCAGUUAAAUGGUCCUUUAAACAUUCGAAUGCAGAAUGAUGAUCCAUCAGAUACAGAAACAUACCGGAAACCCAAGUUGAAUUCAAAUGUUACUAAGUGGACGGCUGUUGGUCGCUUUGACAAUGUAACACGUAAUAAUCGCAACACAACACUUGGUGUGUCUCGGCCGGUGUCCUCAUUUACUUGUACAGAUUCCAGGUUGUAUAAGUGUUAUGUACAGUACAUAAACUCAGAUAUGAGUAAUCGCGUUGUAUUUUUAGGCAAGGAACUUAAAGUACAAGUGACACCUUCGAAAAUCACAAAACAAAUCUUUGAAGCAAGCGGAGAUGGAGAAACUUUACUUUCUGAAUUAACAAACUCCACUACAAUUGUCCAUGUGGGUCAAAAAUUACGGCUACAAUGCACGGCCAACAUCGGGUCUUUUAACUCAUCAGUGAAUAUUGUCUGGAUGAAAAGUAGCAUGGAUAAUGAUAGCCAGCUUGUCCCUUUUACCUCUGGUAAACAGAUAGUCGGGGAACCGAAGGCUUUUGGUAGUUGUGAGUUAGAAAAAACUGACUCUAUAUUGUACAAUGUCAGUCAAGAAGAUGCUUUAAGAACAUCGGGAAAUAGUUUUCAUGUUCAGUGUUACGUUCAUAUUACGUCGAUAGACUGGAAAACACCUGAGCAACACAGACCAAAUUUUACUUUUGUUGUCCAUUUGAAUGAUGGAAACAUGGAUAGUCAAAAUACAACUAAAGCUGAGGAGUUCAUCGUUAUAUUAGGAAUUAUUGGAGGCGUUUGUGCUUUGGUUAUUUUUGGAGUUGCCGGGAUUUUCCUGAAGAGAAAGUUCUCCAAUCCAGGCUCUCCUAAAGCUGAUGAAAAGUCUGAGGAAACCAGUCAUCGCCCGGAUGAAACAAAUAUAUCGUUAGCAAGAGUCUCUGAAACACCAGCAGAAAGAGACGAAUUUCAUAACAUACAAAGACAACGAACCGAGCAACCUACAUACUCCUUCAAGACAACGGAACCGUUACAAUACGAAGAGUUAGAUUGUGCGAUAUACCAAAAUAUGUGUAACUAAAAACUGUCAAAAGGCUGCACCAGUUUCGUUUUAAUUUCCUAUACCAGACGUGAGACAUUCAUGUUUAAAUCAAACAUGGACAAUUUUGACCAGACACUAAAUAAUUCAUUUUAAGUGUAUUUAAAAAAAACUUUUGUCAUCAUACAGAAAACAUGGAGGAAAUGUAUUAUUUACAUCUCUUUUGUUUUGUACUCGUUCUCCUCUAUUUCAAAUAUAUCAUUCUUUUACUUAUUAUACAAUAAAUAGUGCAAUACACAUCACUUUACUCGAUAUUAGUUUUCUAAUAAAUACUUUUUCUUCUAGUUUUGAUAGAGGGUCGUUGUGGUAAAAUGAGUGGCCGAAAUUAGAUUGCCAUUUUAUCAAAUGGCUUUUUAAAAGCAAAAAUAACAAUGACUGUG